AUGCUAUAUGAUGUGAAUGAGGCGUCAAGAAUGGGGUGCCAAAGAGUCAUCCUGGAGACAGAUGCAGCUGUAUUGAAACAAGCAAUAACAAGUGACCUGUAUGACUACUCGAGUCUAGGCAUAGUGUUUAAAGAAAUUAGAGCAGUGAUGCAAUCAUCCUUCCAAUCCUGUAAAGUAGAAACUUGUCCAAGGGCAUGUAAUAUUCCUGCACACUAUUUAGCUGCUCAUGGUGUAACUAUGGAGCGGAGGAGCUAUCAGAUAUGGCUCGAUCCACUUCCUAGGGAUGUAAAAAACCUUGUCGUUGGUGAGUCCAGCUUGCCUUGUUAA